CCAGUCAGUCACUCGCCACCCGUCCUGUAACACGUGGCGCGAGGUGCGCGCCGUUCACCGUUUAUGAUGGCAAAGGUGCUGCUCUGCUGGCUGGUAGUGCUUCUAGCGGCGAUCGCUACCGGCCUGCCGUCAGCCUACCGAUCCGCCCGCGCCGUCAAUGGCUUAACAACAGCAGCUCUACCCGCCGGAUGGGAUGAUAAAACUGGGACGAAUCCGAUGGCGGGUGGCCGCCCGGCCGUGGCUUCUAAGAUAGACUACAUCAAUGACUGGAACCAGCACCAGGCGGUCUCAAAGUGGCCGUGGAUGGCCAUGCUCCUCGCCAAGCAGAAGCUGGUCUUCAGGCAGCCCGUGUGCGGCGGUGCUGUGAUCAACUCUCGGCACGUGCUGACGGCGGCCCACUGUCUGGAAAAACACGCUACGAAACGGAACACGAUGGUGGUGCGGCUGGGGGACUACGAUCGAAGUACUUUUAUGGAUGGCGUCCACACUGAUUAUGAAAUCGAACGGUUCGUCAUGCCACCCAACUAUAAAGUGAACGCAUCCAACCACGACAUCGGGCUGAUUCGGCUCAAAAAGGAGGUGCAGUUUUCUCCGUUCGUGUGCACGAUACCGCUACCGGACGGCCCCACCGGAGAUCUGGGUGGAGAGCCGGUCAGCGUGGCCGGCUGGGGUCGCACCAGAGUGAGCUCACUCAGCAAUAAGCUACAGGAGAUUCAUAUUUCCGGAGUCAGCGCAAAAACCUGCUACAAGAAGUAUUUGAAGCGAUACCCUGGGCUUGACAAGCUGCUUAAUUUCCCCGGUGGCUUUAUGAUCGACACAAAAUUAUGCACAAAACCAGGAGAUGGACAGGGCAUAUGUGAGGGUGACUCGGGCGCGCCGCUGGUGGAUAGGAAGCGCUUCAAGCUGGUCGGUAUAGCGUCAGCUACCGUCGGCAUCUGCGGCUACUCCGAGCUGCCGGAACUGUUCACCAGGGUCAGCGCCUACCUAGACUGGAUACGGAAACAUGCCAGCAUACCCGGGGUCAAGACCAAAACGCAGCACUGUAAAAACACUCUGGCCGUCACUAAGAAAACUGCGAUUUCGUUUGGUGGAUCGACUGGGACAAUCGCGAAAGGCUCAAAAGGUCUUCAGAUUAUUGGCAUCGCAUCCGCAAAACCCUCAAAAACUGGCUGAACUUAGCUGUAAAAAUAUUACGUAUGAAACUUGUA